AUGGGUGGACGCAGGCUGAUUAAGGCUGCGGCUGUGCUCAUUGUUUUGGGUUACAGCAGUUUGCUUGUUUAUCAAAGCGGAGUGAACUUUAAUUUUCAAGACAAUCGAGCAUCUGUGCAAGUCGCUGUCCUAUCUAUUGAACCUGUUACAAAGACCACUUUGUAUGAAAGUGAACUGAAUAAUAAUAUAACUUUAAGUGAUGUAUUUAUUAGUGUAAAGACUACAAAACAUUAUCAGUAUACAAGACUGCCAAUUAUUCUUAAGACGUGGUUCCAGUUGGCUAAACAACAGAUAUGGUUUUUCACGGACACAGACAAUCGUCAACACCAAAACCAAACAAACGGCCACAUGGUAAACACCAAUUGCUCGGCGUCACAUCAGCGAAAACACCUAUGCUGCAAAAUGUCCGUGGAAUAUGACCGUUUUCUGGAGAGCGGUAAAAAGUGGUUUUGUCAUUUCGACGACGACAAUUAUGUGAAUGUGCCACGACUUGUCAGCGUACUCCAGACUUAUAACCACAAAGAGGACUGGUAUCUGGGUAGAACAUCUGUUUACGAACCAGUCAAGAUAUUUAAGAAGCCAACUAAUAAGCUAAUGUUCUCAUUUUGGUUUGCCACCGGAGGUGCUGGAUUUUGUAUCAGUCGGAGCUUAGCAUUGAAAAUGUUACCUGUAGCAAGUGGUGGAAGAUUUAUCAGCAUCUGCGAAGGAAUCAGAUUGCCUGAUGAUGUAUCUGUAGGCUUUAUUAUAGAACAUCUGAUGAAGAAAAACCUAACUCUAGUACCAGAGUUUCAUUCACACCUUGAACAGAUGAAGCUACUGCCACCGGAGACCUUCAGAGACCAGAUCUCUUUUAGUUAUUCGAAGAUUAAAGAAGAAUGGAACGUCGUCAAUGUUCCUGGAUUUGACACUAGAUAUGAUCCAACUAGGUUCCUGUCUCUACACUGUUUUCUUUUCCCUCAUUUCAAGUUUUGCCCGAGGUAG